CCCCUUUAAACACCCCCUCCCCUCCCCCCUCCCGCCCCUUCACGUGGUGCAGAGCAAGGGCGGGGAUCCCGCGGUGCGUCACUUCCGUUCCUCUGGCGGCGCAGCGGAGCCCCGCGCGGAGCAGGACAAUGCCUAAGUCAAAGGAACUUGUGUCUUCAAGCUCAUCUGCCAGUGAUUCAGAUAGUGAAGUUGACAAAAAGGCAAAGCGGAAAAAGCAAGCAGCUCCAGAAAAGCCUGUAAAGAAACAAAAGACGGGUGAAAGUUCGAAAGGUGCCGCUUCUUCUAAGCAAAGCAGUAACAGAGAUGAGAAUAUGUUUCAGAUUGGCAAAAUGAGGUAUGUCAGUGUUCGUGACUUUAAAGGGAAAGUCUUAAUUGAUAUUAGAGAAUAUUGGAUGGAUCAAGAAGGUGAAAUGAAGCCAGGCAGAAAAGGUAUUUCUUUAAAUCCAGAACAGUGGAACCAGCUGAAGGAACAGAUUUCUGAUAUUGAUGAUGCAGUAAGAAAACUGUAAAGACAGCCAUACAGAAAUCUUUAUCAUUUUUGUUGGUUUAAGCGGUCUUUUUACAUUGGCUUUUGUUUUCUAAAAUAUUGUUUUCGAAGCUAUUGUAUAUUUGGAUUGCAAAACAAUUUGUAAGAUGAAUACUUUUUUUAUGUGCAUUAAAAGUGUAUUCUGAGUGAGGCUAUUUGUGUAUACUUUACUAAAAAGAAAUGUGUUGCUUUCACCUCAUGGUGUAAAAUAAACAAAUCAAGUAAUAUGUAAAGCAUAGUUGUUAUGGCCUUUUGAUUGAAGAUGUUUGUUGAUAAGGCCACCUGUUGUCUUUAGGCUUUGUUUCAGUUUAGUUAACAGUUUGUUUUCUAAGGAGAUUUUAAAAAUGUCUCCAUUUCCUUUUUUUUGUUUCAUACCCUUUGGUAUUGCCCUCAGCUUUCUGCUUUAAAACUUGACACAAACAGUGAAUACCUGGUAAAACACAUUUUUGUAGAUAAUUUUAAAUACUGUAUUUGCUGAUUUUCCCUAUUUAUUCAGAUGUCCUGAGUAUAUAGACUUUUCUCCAUUAUUUGCAUGGAGUGUUAUGCUAAACAGUAACACCUGAACACCACCCACACAGUCUGUUCCCAUUUUUAUAUAGCUUGCUUGACAUAGAAAAUACUAUUAGCCUAUUCAUGGACUCUAGGUUCUAGAAUGUGAUGCAUAAACUUUUACAGUAAUAGACAUAUACCUCAGUAAGGUAGCGUUUAAAAGCUCCAAACUUUGUUAUUAUUUAGGCACACUUUUCAAUCUUUGCAUUAAAUUAAUUCUUGAACACAUACGAGAUAGUUAUUCCAUAGAAAAUAGCAGUUAGCCUGCUUUUGUAGGGCUUUUGUUUGAGAGCACUGUUUAAACAAUAGUGCUUAAAAUAGGCUGUAACACAGGUUAAACAGUCAUACAGGGUUAGAAUUGCUUCAGCCAGACUAUCAGGCUAUCAUGCUUUUGCCCUGACAACCAUGUCUGACCAAACCAUUUGGCUUGCCUUGCGUGGCUUACAUGUGCACAACUGGUUCUUUAGUAUAGAAGGUAUGUAGUGCUUACAGUGGAGCACUGGUACCUGUGGAUCCACAAGUAAUGAACUUUGCUUAUCUACCAGUGUACAUUCUGAGGAGAGAAGCCUCUGUCCAGUGGAAGUUCUAUUAGACUAGAUGUCUCAGCUGAAGGGAGAUCUUGGUAGACAUCAUGAGGCUAUGGAAAGAAGAAGGACGAAUAUGUUCAAGUAGGACUUAAGAGAGUGAAUGGGCACUCCAGUAGAGAAAUAAACAGCUAAAGCUCAAAGUUAGCUGACAUAAUAACUACAGAGAAGAAGCUUAACGUUAGCAGAAUUGGAGAAGAGUUCAUUUUAUGACAUAAUUAAUAGAAGGAAGAAGAUGAAAGAACUUCAUGACAACUGUCAUUUUAAGACUACGUAAUACUAUGUAGUGAAUGUACAAUUUAUUGGUUCAGCCGUAACUUUCACAUUUGGUAAUUUUAAAUAUUUUUAAAUUUUGUAUAGAUAAACAAGAUUUACUGAUUAACUGUGGGAUAUCUUAAUAUAAUUGCUUAUAUUGCAGACUUACUUGAAAGCCCUGUUCUGCUAAGUGCCGUACACAGACUAUUCCUGUGCUGCAGAGUUUAUAAUUCAAUACAAAUGGUAUAUGAAGGGUGAGGGAAGGUGACCUCAUCAAAUUAAGUAUAUAUUGUUUAUCUUACAUAUUCUAUUAGAUACUUCUAUCUACUUUUCAACUUACUGAUUCUUGAGAUAGUUCAAAGUUAAGAUCUGGUUUUGUGUAGCUCAGGAAAUGUGAGUUUCAGAGCUACGAAAAAAUUGAAUAGAAGAGGAAGAGAUGUGUUGUGGUAGCACACGCUUUUUUGGGCAAAACUUCCUUCAAGAGAUGUGUAGGGACGCUUGGACCAAGCAGUAUAAAUCAAAUAUCUGCUAAAAUUUCUCAGAUUAGUAGAUCAGUGAAUAAAAUAAAUUGCUUUAGAUCAUUAUUGACAGUUUCUAGGCCUUUUUUUUUUUUCCCGUUUGCAGUGUGUCUUUUGCAUUUUUUUUCCUUUAAAUCUGACUGCAGCCAGAUUUCAACUUUUUACCUCAAAACUUCCGUGUGGCUACUUUAAAGUGCAUAAGUGCAUGAUUAUCAUAAUAGUAAGAACAUUAUCCUCAAUUAGAUUACUGUGGUAGUAGGUCAUUGGAUGGCAUUGUAUAUCAGAGUACAAUAUAAUUGUGUUCAGGAAGGUGGAGAAUUCAUUCAUUUUGGGAGGGUAAGUGGAAGAAGUUUUACUAAAGUGAUUAGUUCUAUUGUGGAAACUGAUGGUAGAGAUGUUCAAAUAAAUUAGUAUUUGUUAAUCAAGAACUAUUAUGUCUUAUAGAUAACCCUCUUACUGAAUUUGUGGAGAUAAGUACUGGAGCUGUUUAUCCCAUUUUACUUGGUAAAAUUUGGGGCUGUUUGAUUUUACUUAGCUUGUGUGUUUGGAAAACAGUUUUCCAUCUGAUGGGUAUAUAUUCCUGCCUGUAAUACUGACUGAAAUAUAUUUUAGUUGCGCUGGUCUUAACACCUGCAUGUCCUACAAAAAAGGUAACUAAAUAAACUAGUCAGUUUCACAAAUGAGCUCAAAUAGAACCUGAAUUGUGAUGGAGGGAGUUCUUUGCACCUCAGCUGACUGAUGGUUAGUUGACAUAAAUUUGACACAUUCAGUGUUACUUUGAAAUUAAUGGUUGUGAUUUGUCAUGUGUUGUCUAUGGCUGUAGUUUUUCUAAUUUGAGAGAAUAAUUUUUUUUUUUUGAAUACAGAUUAUUUUCUUGCAGAAAAAAUGGUAGUUAGGAUACAUGUAGAAGUGUCCAUGGAAGAAAACUGCAUGUAUGAAAGACUGUAGUGUGAGAUGAAAAUAAAUGCUGUUCACUUUCCCACUGAAGUUACAAAAGAAAGAUGCAUUUGGCUCUUGAUAUUUAUGCAGGGCAUAUUAGCAAAAUGUUUUAUAAUUUAUACCUACUAUGGAGCAUAGGAGGAAACAUACAUCAGAGUUAGAUCUGCCAAAGUACCAUGUGUGCUAAAUCAAAUGGUCAUGUAUGAUGUUGCUCUUACGUAGAGGCGUUCAUAUUGAAAUUAAACAAAUGCAGUACUGAGUUUGAUAUUUCUGUUAAAGGAAAUGCCCCAGUUACGUAUUCCUUAUGUGAUCUGUUAGUAAAAAAAAAAAAAAAAAUGUAAUUCUGGUAACUCAAAUGUCAUAUUGUUAACAUGUGGAAUGUUUAAUGUUUUGUUCUGGUGGUAUCUACUACAGAGGCCACUGGAAAUAUGAGCCCUCCAACUGUAAUUCUCUUAAUGUUCAAAUAAAAAGUAGUUAAAUGGCAUAUGUGUAAUAACAAUUUGAACACAUGGAAUAAAUGAAGACUUCUGUUGA